AUGAAGCGAGAUUGGGCAAACUUAGAUUCCCUUGCUCUGAAUUUGAUUCUUGAGAAGUCAAUAGAACCAACCUAUCACAUUUGGUUUGGUUCUGUCUGCAAAAAUUGGCACUCAGUUUCAAAGCUUAAUCAUCACUACAACAUCCAAUUUAGAAGUAAUAUGCUGCCUAUGCUAAUGAUCCCUUCAGAGAAGAGCGCAGAGAAGCGAAAAUUGUAUAGUGUUGUAGCAAAUAGAGUGUAUCCCUUUGAGUUGACGAUGCUUAACAAAAAGAGAUGUUGUGGCUCAAGCUAUGGAUGGCUUGCAACAGUGGAUGCAGAUAAUAUCAUAACAUGGGUGAAUCCUUUUAAAGAUGUAGCUCCUAUUAUUUUACCAUGGAUUGAUAUUUAUAUGCAAUAUAAAGACUGCGAAUUUAACAUUCAUAAGGUUACUUUGUCUGUGGACCCUAUUACAAGUCCAGAUGAUUAUGUUGUUGCAGCAAUUUAUACUAAUCGUGGUGUUUUAGCUUUUAUCAAAGCUGGACAAGAGGUUUGGACAUACAUCCAAGAAAACGACCAUUUUGGUUUCAUUGAUAUUACAUUCUACAAGGGUUUGGUUUACGCGGUAGAUCGUUGGAAAAAAUUGUCUCUUUUGAACUUUGUUAUUCAAGGAGAGUUGUGGAUGGUAAGAAGGUUUAUAACUAGAGAGGAAGACAAUAUAAACAAAGGUACUAAAAAUUUCCAUGUAUUUAAAUUGGUAUUAGACGAUAAAGGUGAGAAGCUUAUUCAUUUGUUGAAACUUGAGAGUUUGGGAGAUAAUAUUUUAUUUGUGGGUGACGGUGAUUCAACGUCUAUAUCAGCUUCAUAUUUCUCAAAUUCUUUACAAAAAGAUUUAAUCUAUUAUUCUGAUAAUUAUUUUGACGAUGAACCUAAUCCUUAUCCUGAAGGUCCUUUUGAUUUAGGAAUCUAUAAUGUUAAAUGGGAAAGUUUCGACCUUCAUUGUCAUUACAAAUCUUACUUCAAAGCUAUGUCACCUCCUAUAUGGGUUGUGCCACCAUUUCAAUGA